UAAUAAAGUAGAUCUUACGGAGUGUAUUGACAUUGAUGAUAUUAUUUUACCAAACAAUGAAUGCAAGGGAGACAGAAUUAAUUAAUAGACUUGAACAUGUCAAAGACAUUAGAUCAAAGACAUUGCACUUGGAAAAAGUUCGGGGCAAACUUCGCCAAGAAUUUGAAAACACAGAGAAUGAAGAAAAACGACUAGAAGAAUACAAACAAGAAAUGGAGUUACUUCUCCAAGAAAAAAUGGCACAUGUUGAAGAACUACGACUCAUUCAUGCCGAUAUUAAUCUGAUGGAAACUACAAUCAAACAAGCAGAGGAGGAGAGAAACCGAUCCCUGGAGUCAGCAAAAAAGUUAUACGAGGAGUUCCGUCCCUUGAAAGAUGAGGUGGAUCAGCUAAGAGGGGUCAUUGGAUUAGAGAAACUCCCUGACCUUCAGGAGGAGGAGGAAAAACUCACCCCUGAUUUCUUUGAAAAGCAAAACACAGAGUGGACAAGUGAGCCCCCUCCAGAGCCACCAGUCCCCCAGACCAUGUCUGUUCCAGCAGCCACGCCCACUCAGAUUCAGGUCCCCAGGACCCAAAAACCUCCAGAACCUCGGCAGCAAACAUUCCGACAACAGCCACCCCCAAUGAAGGCUUGCCUUUCAUGUCACCAACAAAUUCACAGAAACGCGCCAAUAUGUCCGCUGUGUAAGGCAAAGAGUCGCUCCAGAAACCCUAAGAAACCCAAAAGGAAAUUGGAUGAAUAAGGAAUAAAGAGAUUGAAGCAAUGCAAUAAGUAGCAAUAUACAUGAACAUGACCAGAGUUCUGUGAAGGAUUUAUAGACAUCACAAACUCUGCUGAUCUCCAUACCAUUGAGGACUACCAGUAGUUUAUGUCAUAAUGUGUGUAGCUGAAGCAUUAGGCUUCACAUAGAAAGCUGAAAUAGUAUAUGUCUAAUGGUCUAUAUAUCCAACCUUUAAAUAAACAGAAUACAGAUUUAUCAAAGAAAGUCGAAGAAAGCAACUUUUAAUGUGUUCAAUUCUUAUGAAGAUGGACUCGUAUUAAGUUUUAAAUGUUAAAAUUUGUUCCUUGCAAGCAUUCACACUUUCGUAAGUACAUAUAUACAUUAAUUCAUUGUACAUGUACAUGUAUGUAAGGUUGUGAAUUAUAAAACUGUCAUCAAACAAUUCAGCAUUAACUAUGAUUUAGUCAUUUCAAAAGCACUGUUCCAUUUUUAGAGUGAGUUUGAAGAAUACAUUCUCAACUGCUGAUGUAGGCAUCAUACAUAUAUUUUGUUAUAAUUUUUUUGUUAGAUAUGCAGCAUUUGUCUUGUAGAUGUACUUUUUUUUUAAAUAGAUAAAUCUUUUUUCUACAAACAAAUGAGACUGUUCCUCAUAUUUGCCUUGACUGUAAAUUCAAAUCAAUUGCACAAAAUCUAA